AUGUCACAAAAUCAUCAAUCCCGAUCAGCAAUGAAUUCCACCUCAGGAUCAAGACGUACAACAUCAAUAGGUCCAGUACCAAACUUAAACAGACGUACCACUAUCUCAGGCAUAAAUAAUAAUACCAAUACUAAUAAUAACUCUAAACAACCAUUUUCUUCCAAUUUUGAUAAACACAUCACUCCCAGCCAAAGAUCACUUACACAACGACGUCAGCAGAAGAAACAAAGACUCUCUCCAAUAAAUUCAUCACCUUCUAAUUCCACAACCUCAUCAUCAGAAACAAAUAUACUAUCAUCUUCAUCCUCUCCAUCUAGCACUAAUAUUAAAGUGUAUGUAAGAUGUCGAUCAAGAAGUGAAAGAGAAAUCAAAGAAAAAAGUUCAGUAGUAAUAUCAACAUUGGGCCCGCAAGGAAAUCAAGUAAUCUUAUCCAAUCCCUCAUCACCUUUAUCAUAUCCUAAAAAAUCAUACUCAUUUGAUCGUGUCUUUGGUGCUGAAAGUGAUCAAGAAACUGUAUUUAAUGACGCUGCAAAAAAUUAUAUAUCAGAAAUGUUAUCCGGUUAUAAUUGUACCGUUUUCGCUUAUGGGCAAACUGGUACGGGGAAAACUUAUACCAUGUCUGGUGAUUUAAAUAUACUGGGCAAUCUGGAAUCAAAAGAUAUGAUCCUAUUGGGGGAACAUGCAGGAAUUAUUCCAAGAGUAUUAGUGAAUUUGUUUAAAAUGUUAGCAUUGGAAAAUGAUUAUUCUGUAAAGAUUUCAUUCUUGGAAUUAUAUAAUGAACGAUUGAAAGAUUUAUUUGCUCAAAAUGAAUCAGAGGAAGAAACCAUUAGGAUAUUUGAUAAUAAUAACAAUGCAAGUUCAUCCAUCAUGGUGAAGGGAAUGGAAGAAAUUUAUAUCAAAUCCGCUCAUGAAGGUUUACAAUUAUUGAUGGAUGGAUCCUUGAAAAGGAAAGUAGCUUCCACAAAAUGCAAUGAUUUAUCAUCUAGAUCACAUACUGUAUUUACAAUAGCAACAAAUAUAACGAAAAUCGAUCCAAUAUCGGGGGAACAAUAUAUAAAGACGGGGAAAUUAAAUUUGGUUGAUUUAGCAGGUAGUGAAAAUAUAAAUAGAUCAGGUGCAGAAAAUAAGAGAGCACAAGAAGCUGGUUUAAUUAAUAAGUCGUUAUUAACAUUGGGUAGAGUUAUCAAUGCCUUAGUCGAUCAUUCACAACAUAUUCCAUAUAGAGAAUCUAAAUUAACUAGAUUAUUACAGGAUUCAUUAGGAGGUAAAACGAAAACUUGUAUUAUCGCCACGAUAUCACCGGCAAAAAUAUCAAUGGAAGAAACUGUGAGUACGUUGGAAUAUGCAAUACGCGCUAAAUCUAUAAAAAAUACCCCACAAAUUAAUCAAUCCAUGUCGAAAGAUACAUGUAUUAACGAAUAUGUCUCCGAAAUUGAAAGACUUAGACUAGAAUUGAAGACAUCUAGACAAAAAGAUGGUAUUUGUAUUACACAAGAUCAAUUAGAUUUAUAUGAAAGUAAUGGUAUCUUGGUUGAUGAGCAAAAGACUAAAAUUCAUAAUAUGGAAGAACAAAUUCAAAAAUUCAAAGAGAAAUAUGUUCGACAAACAGAGUUAAAUAAGAACUUGGAAAGUAACUUAAAGGAAAAUGAACAAGUAACGAAGCAAUUAAGAUCAGAAAAAUAUCAAUUAAUGGAUUUACUCGAAAAUUAUCAAAUCAAUUCAAAUUCAUUUGUUCAAAGAGUUCUUCAAAUCCAUGAAUCCAAUAUUGCCUUAAUACAAAAUUUGGAUAAAGAACGGAAUAGAAUUCAUCAUAAUUCUACCCAAUAUAUGAAUAAUAUGGAAGAAACUUUCAAUCAAUUAUCUAUUCAAAGAGACGAAUUAUUACGAUUGAAAAACUCCUUACAAUCUUAUAAUAUUAACUUUAAUGAUGUCAUGCAAAGUGUAUUUAAUGAACUUGAAACCAAUGUUGUGGCGAACCAAAAGGAAACCUCAAACAAGUUAGGUUCAAUAUCAUUAAUGAAAACAUUUGAGUUAUUACAGAACCUUGAAUUGACAUUAGCUAAGGACUUAAAUUUAUUAAACGAACCUUACCUACGAGAUACAAAUCAUUUCCUUAUUAGUCAUAAAACAAUACUCGAAGAAUGCUACAAUAACGUCCAUUCUUGUACUAAAUCCAUGGAGGGUUUAAUAAGUACUCAACUUACCGAUUUGAACGGCUAUUUAUCGUCAAGUUUUAAGGACUUAGAAGACCAAACCAUUGAGGAAACUGAAGAUUUGAAACAGGUUAUUAUAUCCCAACAAAAGAAAAUUCAAACAUUAGAGCAUCAAUUCAUGAAGGAAAAGGAAAGUACGAAUUCAUUGAAUGAAAACUUGCAAUCCUUAAAAUCUUAUUUCCAAGAUCAUGUUUCCAAGGAACGUUCAAAUAUUUUCAAAGAUAUCAAGAACAUAAUAAAUCAAGCUGAGAAAAAACAAACGGAUUUAGAUGUAGAUAUAUUACAAAGAUCUGAGAACGUUUUAACACAGUUCAAUAAAGGUCUCCAAGAAAGACAGGAUAAACAAAUGAGUUCUUUACUCAUGGAAACUAUUGCCUCAUUAUUAUCAAUCAAUGAACAUACCGAGAAACUUCCUUUUACACUCAAAGAAUCCUUUGACAGGAAUAAAACUUCAUUGGAAACUCGAGUAAAAGAAAUUCCAAUACAGAAGUCAUUUAAUGAAAUAAUAACGACUGUCAAAGAUAGAACAAAUAUCGAAGUUUCCAAUAAUCUAGAAAAGUUGAUCACCAAAUUUAACACUGAACUAACAUCUGGAUUAACCUCCAAACAAAUAUCAAUACAGAACGCUUUUAAAACUUUGCAUGAUACUAUAACUGAAGAAAACCAAUUUAAUGAAAAUAAUUUAGAAUCCAUUAAAUCAAAGCUAUCCGAACUAUAUCAUUAUAUAUUAAAUGAUUAUAAAGAUAAUACAUUACAAAUCUCUAAAUCACAAUCUGAUAUAAUCAUUGACCAUUGUUCGUCUGUGGAAUCAGUGAUGGCUUCCAUUAAUGAGCCAAUCCAACAAUACUCACAGCCCAAUUAUCCAAUCUUAAAGCUUGAAGUAAACAAUGAAAUCAUAGAUGAAUUGCCUAAAUUAUCGAAACCAAAGAAUUUCCAUAUCUAUACGGAAAUGAAGAAUUCUUCAUCAUCUUCUUCUUCAGAAUUUUUUGUCCCCAACGCUGUGUCUCCUAUGGGGCAUAAUAUGGUGGACCCGACGAACUAUAUCCCGAGCACACCAGUUCCUGUUCCUGAUCAACCGUUACCAAAAGUUCUUGUUCCGAAGAGUAUCAAUUCAAAUAACAAGAGAGCUGUCACCAUGCCAAUUGUUACGGCAAAGAACACGAAUGCGAUCAAGAACGGUGACGAUACUACGAGUAAACCAGGAAUUGAAAACCAACAUCCUGUUAAUAAUUUAAAACGAAGGUUUACUACUGUGCCGAAUUUAAGAAUGGAUAAUAAAAACAAUAAUGAUGAUACUUCUAAUAAUAAUAAUAGAGACGUGUCCAAAAAGGCUCGCCUUGAUAAAUAG